AUAGAAGUCCUUUAUUUCACUCACUCUUGAAAAGACAGUAAUGGACUGCAAUUGAUUCAAAUUGAAGGCUGGCAUUCCAUUCGCCGUCCCCUCCUUUGGCGGAGGCGGUGGGGUUCUUCGGCGUCAAUAAUAAGUGGUCGUCCCCGUGCCGGCAAUUCCGAUUCUUCUCCGGCGGCACCUAGUCUGUUCGAGCUCCGGCGACUCGGCAAUCGGCCGUUUCAUUCUUCCAGACUACCCUCGCGCUCAGACCCCCGAUCUCUACGGAUGCUCAGCGCUCAACACUACACAACUGGGAAUAUAACAUUGAAGGAGAAGUGGAAUGGAUCAGAAUGGCAAAGAAGAGAAGCAAAAGUUACCCAAUUGUAGUGUUAUUACAGCGGUUAACGAUGACAGCCUAAAGGACAUUUUUCACCAAAUCAGAACUUCCAAAACCACUGCAGUUAUUAACUACGGAGCAUCUUGGUAUGUUCAAAACUUCCAUAAAGGUGCCAUGUUUGCAGCCAGAUACUCCCUGCAUUUUGUGACCUGAGUGCCAAAUUCCCCAAACUCUCCUUUGUGUAUGCUGACAUCGACGAGUGUCCAGAGACGACUCAGCACGUCCGGUACACGCCGACUUUUCAUUUCUACCGAGACGGCGAGCGGGUGGACGAGAUGUUCGGUGCCGGCGAAGAGAGGCUGCAUGACAGGCUGUGGUUGCACUCUUAAAAAGCAGAGGGUAGUGUAAUCAUAAAAUAUAUGCCCAAAGAAGCUCUCAUCUAUCUCUAGAAGAUGUUUGAUAUACUCUUUUUAUGUUAAAUGGACAACUUUGCCAUUAAAAGUUGAUUUGCAUCUAAGCUUCCUCUUUUUGUAUUUUUAAGGAUAAAAUUGUCAAUUUCCUCCAAAAUGGGAAUGAAUUGUAAACCUCCUCAGAGUUUAUGUUCCUAUCAAUUAAUGGAAUAGGGAUUG